UCAACAGAGAAGCAGUGCCCUUUUUUAUUUUCCCAACUUCCUUAUAUCUCAUGUGACCUAUAUUGCUGCACUGCUUUGUGUUUAUUAUCUGCAGAUAAUGGAGCCAAUGAAUUCACUUGAGACUGCAGACUUGCAGCCUGCUGUCCCACUGUCUCCCUCUAUUUGUGUUCCUCUCACACUGAGAGAUGGUGAGUGUUACCAUGUCUUCGUUAGCUACAGCAGCAAUGACUACCAGUGGACCCACUCCCUCAUCAACCAGCUGGAGUCCUGGGGCAUGCAGGUCUGCUUCCAUGACCGUGACUUCACUCCUGGCUGCACCGUGUGGGACAACAUGUCCAACUGCAUCCAGGAGAGCCAGAAGGUCUUGCUGGUUCUCAGCAAAGAGUUUGUGAGGAGCCGCUGGUGUCUCCUGGAGGCUAACAUGUCACUGUUAAAAGACUGCCUGGAGAGGAAGCCCAUCAUCCCAGUGCUGCUGGAGCGAGGGGUCUCUGUUCCUCUCCACCUCUGCCACCUCACCUACCUGGAGGGCAACGACCCUGACUUUAUGAAUAAACUACUCAAGGUGAUCUGCACGUCCAACCAGCAGCUUCAAGGGUCCACUGUGAUGCCCUUCCAGCCUCCCUCUAUAUACAACGGUAAGGCCCUGCAGCCUUUGACUGCUGUCAAUGAUGAGGAGCUCUAUAAAUGGGAUUCUGGUCAGUUCAGUGACAUGGAGGUGCCAGACCAACUGCACCUGAUCAUUGAGGACCAAGAGAAGUACAGAACGGCUGUGAGGAUGAUUAAUAGUGUCUCGCAAAAUAAAGUGUGGCUGCGCCAACUUUGGGUUAGGGUAUUGAUCUACAUUAGUGGUGUAAUUUUUUUUUCCUUCUUUGUAGGAUUUUCUAUAUAUAUGACAAUUGGUAGCAUAGUGCUUCUAAGUGAAAACAAAAACCUUAUCGGAGUAAGGGUGCUCACUAGUUUUAGUUUCUUCUGUGUUCCAUUGGGGUUGAUUAUUCAGAUUAGUCUCUGGAAGAAGGAUGAUGAGAAGUACAUAGUGAGGGAGAUGCAGAAAGCCAUAGGUCAAGCAAACACAAUCCUCUCUGCGGAGAAGGUGUUAAUGGGCUGUCGGUCCAAUUCAAAAAUCUAUCUGGUGUAUGUUUCUCUGGACAGUUGCAAAGAAGAGUUUGCAGGAACAUUUUCAGAGCAGGAUGGUGCUGAAGAUAUGUUUCAAAAAGCUCUGAUGUUCUUCUCAUCAGGUUACGCCUGCUGCCUUGCUAAAAGACACUUUCCCUUUCCCCAGCCCAGCUCCACUGGUCACCUGGAGCGAGGGGUGUGUUUCUGUCAGUAUGUCUCCGAGCAGCUGAAGACAGGGAAAUGGGAAUAGAAGUAAUAGUAUGGACCUGCAAUUAAUGAGUAGGUCAGUGCUGGACAAACACUAUUAGGAAUAUUUUUAUAAAGACAGCAACAUUUUAUAUUAAUUCCCUAUUUAUGGCAUAUAAUUUGCCAUAAAUUUAA